UUGGUGCCUAGACCUGAAGACUGACCCCAGCCCCUCUGCCGCAGGCCCGACCACCAGAAGUCACCCCAUACUUUUGGACGGAGAACUUCAGGCGUCCCAGCCAGAUGUCUGGCAACAAGUUAUGGCUGGAGGAUGCCUCAGCCUCCUUGGUUCCGGUGGAGGAGCUGGAGAACCCGACGUUCAUCGGCAAAGGCGGAUUCGGUGCAGUAUUCCAGGCCCAACAUAAGUCGUGGGGUAUGGAAGUGGCGGUCAAGAUCGUGAAUUCGAAGGCGAUAUCCAGGGAGGCGAAGGCCAUGGUAAAUCUUCGUAACCAGUAUGUGCUGCAACUGCUGGGGGUCACCGAGAAGCUGGAGUGGGACUACCUGUCGGGGCCGGCUCUGGUGACUCCAUUCAUGGAAAAUGGUUCCCUGGCAGGGCUCUUGCAGCCCCACUGCCCUCGGCCCUGGGCCCUCCUUUGUCGAUUGCUUCGGGAACUGGUUCUGGGGAUGUGUUACCUGCACAGCCAGAACCCGGUGCUUCUACACGAGGACCUCAAACCCUCCAACGUCCUGCUGGACUCAGAGCUGCAUGCCAAGGUGGCAGAUUUUGGCCUAUCCACAUUUAUGGGACGCUCACAAUCAGAGGCAGAAUCUGGAGAGUCAGGGGGCACGCCCGCCUACAUGGCCCCAGAGCUUUUGGCUGAUGUACACAGGCAGGCCACCGAGGCCAGUGAUGUCUACAGCUUUGGGAUCCUAAUGUGGGCAGUGCUAGCCGGAAGAGAACCUGAGAAUUGUCAAUCAAAAACCACAAGCGCCUUCACACAAUUAAGGGAAGAGAAAAUAGACGCUGCAGUCUCCAUGGUGAAAAAGUACCUAUCUAAACACAGGGGCAGCAACAUGAGUUUGUCUGUCCCCAAGCCUGACACAGGAGGGACAGAAAUGAAUGACUCUGUGGGAACCACAGAAAGCAAUGAUGCUGGGAUCACUGAGAGGCUGGGCAGUCUGAAUCUGAAGGAGUCCCCUGGAUCUCAUGAUGCCCGUCCUCCCUCAAGUCCAGAGAUGCCACCUUUCAGUCACAAGAUGCCCAGCUUCACCUCAUCUUCAACCCCAGAAACUGGACCCACAUGGAAUCCGAGAGAUGGAAGACAUGGCACCAACUGGCCUCCCAGGGCCCCGAGACCAAAUCCAAUACCAGGGACACAACCUAUUAUACAGAACUGCCAGGGAGUGCAGAUUGGAAACAACAACUACCUGGUUUUUCAACAAGGAACUGCCUCUUCGACACAAGGCCCAGCACCUUUGCGCUGGCAGGGUGCCCCUCACAAUUAGGUUCAAAUGAAGGCCUGCAAGAACCUGAAGUCUGGGGCCUCCCCUGGUGGCACAGGCGGUUGAGCGCA